UAGCAGUAUUUUUAUCCAGCGAGAUGGAGGUAUCUUGAGCUCUAAUCCAGCGAGCUCGAGAGGGGAGUGGCAGCUUGCUUAGAAACCACUUGAUCGCUGCCUCACCUCACCACACCACACAAACACCUAUUCUCUCUCUCUAGCUCGCUGUCUCUGUGUCUCUCUCUAACUGAAGUUGCAGGAGUUCUUGGCAAGCUUCCCCAUAUAUACCCGACCACCACCGGGCAACGGUUGAUCGAUAUAGCCAGUGAGGAGAAGGGUUAUAGAGGCUGAUCGACCAUCGAUCGACGUCGUGGCGAGCGGCUAGUGUUCGUUGUCGUCGUCGGCGGCGGCGAGGUGGUGGUGGUGGUAGCUACGUAGGUUGUGGACAUCGAUCUAGAGGUAGAGGCAGGGAGGGGGAGGAAUGGGACGGCUGUCGUCGUGCGGCGGCGUGCAGGCGAAGCUGAGGAAGGGGCUUUGGUCUCCCGAGGAAGACGAUAAGCUGUACAAUCACAUCAUCCGACAUGGCGUCGGCUGCUGGAGCUCCGUCCCCAAGCUCGCAGGGUUGCAGCGAUGCGGCAAGAGCUGCAGGCUGCGGUGGAUCAACUACCUCAGGCCAGACCUGAAGCGCGGGAGCUUCUCGCAGCAGGAGGAGGACCUCAUCGUCGCGCUGCACGAGAUCCUCGGGAACAGGUGGUCGCAGAUCGCGUCGCACUUGCCGGGGAGGACGGACAACGAGAUCAAGAACUUCUGGAACAGCUGCCUCAAGAAGAAGCUCCGGCAACGCGGCCUCGACCCGGCCACGCACAAGCCCAUCGCCGCCGCCGCCGCGGCGGCGACGUCCUCGGAGUCGGCGGUCACCCAGGUGGAUGAGGAUCACAAGCCCCACGGCGCCGCCGCCGCCGCCGCCGCCGCCGACGGCCUCGCCGCGAACGCCAAGCAGUCGGUGUUCGACCCGUUCCCGGUGACCGACUUCGGCGCCGGCUUCGACCUCGGCGCGGCGAACAUGGCGGCGGCGCUGUACGGCUCCCACCCCGACGACGGCGCCGGGUUCGUCGCCGACUACAGCAGCGUGCUCGACGUGUCGGAGAACCUGGGCUACGGCGAGAGCUCCAGCAACAGCAGCAACUGGACCUGCGCCGAGGUGAGCAAUGUGCUCGACAGCGAGGUGCUCAACUGGGCCGCCUCGGCCGGCGCCGACGCCGCCGCCAAGGCAGAGCCCUUCGCCGACAUGGAGCAGCAGCACAGUGGCUAUGGCGGCGAGUAUCAGGUGGAAGACGACGCCACGCUGGAGCACAAGUUCUCGCUACCAUGCCAUGAGCAGAGCUUGGCUCAAUUCGACUUCAACUUGGAAUACUUCUGAUCAAUUAAUUUUUACCACUCCUUUUUUUUACCACACUACAGUAUAUUCUACACGUACAGGAUAAAGAACCAUUGGAAGAUUAGGAUUGUUAUUAUUAUUAUUACUACUACUACAUGUUAAUUUUCUCUAGCCCGGACUCUACUCACACUGUUUCUUUUUUCUUUUUUUUUUUGAGAAAAUGUAUACUGUUUUUCUGGUUGGUUAGAAUAAGAGACAUUACUACUAUACACACGAGAACAUUGUGCACUAUAAUAAUAAUAUUAUUUUUUUUGAGAGAAAAA